UUUGGAGGAACUUCAUCUUCAAAAGGGUGUAUUGCUCUGCGGCCGCCUCUUCCUGAGCCAUUAUCUUUCUUCUGCGACCCCACUUUCUCCGCCAUUAAAACCCUGCUUCACGUUUAACAAUACCCUUUGCUUUUCCCUUCAUUUCUUGACAAACCCCAUUUCUUUUCCCCCAAGUUUCCUAGUGUUCUUAUUUCCCUUUUGGGUUUUUUUUUUUUAAUUGAGUUCUAAUGGAGGAUCGGUUCGAGCCAUUGAAGGACCUUGGCUCUGGAAAUUUUGGAGUUGCUAGGCUCGUUCGAGACAAGAAGACGAACGAGCUUGUUGCUGUCAAGUACAUUGAGAGAGGGAAGAAGAUUGAUGAGAAAGUUCAAAGGGAAAUCAUUAAUCAUCGAUCGUUGCAGCAUCCGAACAUUAUCAGAUUCAAGGAGGUCUUCUUAACCCCAACUCAUUUGGCCAUUGUCAUGGAAUAUGCAGCUGGUGGGGAACUUUUCGGAAGAAUAUGCAGCGCUGGUCGAUUUAGUGAAGACGAGGCGAGAUUUUUCUUCCAGCAGCUAAUAUCCGGAGUCAGCUACUGCCAUUCCAUGCAAAUUUGUCACAGGGAUCUGAAACUCGAAAACACACUCUUGGAUGGAAGUCCCACACCACAACUUAAGAUAUGCGACUUUGGUUACUCAAAGUCUGGCUUGUUACACUCGCAACCGAAAUCGACCGUUGGGACGCCUGCAUACAUCGCUCCGGAGGUUCUAUCACGGAAGGAGUACGAUGGCAAGAUAUCAGAUGUUUGGUCAUGUGGAGUGACAUUGUAUGUGAUGUUGGUCGGAGCGUAUCCGUUCGAAGAUCCCGAAGAUCCAAGAAAUUUUCGUAAGACGAUAGCGAGAAUAUUGAGUGUUCAAUACUCCAUACCCGAUUACGUACGUGUGUCCGUGGAGUGUCGCAACCUACUCUCUCGCAUAUUCGUUGCCAACCCCGCAAAGAGGAUCACUAUCCAAGAGAUAAAGCAGCUGCCAUGGUUUUUCAAGAACUUGCCAAAGGAACUGAUUGAGAUUGAGAAAACCAACUUCAAAAAACAAGAACACAACCAGCUCUCGCAGAGCGUCGAGGAAAUCAUGCAGAUUGUUCGGGAAGCAAUGACGCCUGGGGAAGGAUCCAAGGUCGGGGACCAAGCGUUGGCCGGAGGGUCGGGGCUCGACGAUCUCGAUGCGGAUAUCGAUUCUGAAGUCGAUGUCAGUGGUGACUAUGUAACUGCUGUUUGAGAAUGGUAUGAUUAUAAAAAACAAGCAUAAAAUGGUAUCAAAAUCACAUUGUAUAGAGAGAAUAGAAAGCCAUGGAACAUUGUGCAAAAUGUUCAUUGUAUCAACAAUAACAUAGUCCAUUUUUUUUUUGUUGAUCAAAGUUCUUGAUAAGUCGGGCGUUCCUGA